GUCUACCAGGCAGAGUGCAGUGGAAUCCUCUGGUGCUGCCGUCAUGCCGUUCCCGUUUGGCAAGUCUCACAAAUCUCCAGCAGAUAUUGUGAAGAACUUGAAAGAGAGCAUGGCUGUUUUGGAAAAGCAGGACAUUUCUGACAAAAAAGCAGAAAAGGCUACAGAAGAAGUUUCCAAAAAUUUGGUUGCCAUGAAAGAAAUUCUGUACGGCACAAAUGAGAAAGAACCUCAGACAGAAGCGGUAGCUCAGCUGGCUCAAGAGCUGUACAAUAGUGGACUCCUUAGCACUCUGGUAGCUGAUUUACAGCUCAUUGACUUUGAGGGCAAAAAAGACGUGGCUCAAAUUUUCAACAAUAUUCUCAGAAGACAAAUUGGUACAAGAACUCCUACUGUUGAAUACAUCUGCACCCAACAGAAUAUUUUGUUCAUGUUAUUGAAAGGGUAUGAAUCUCCAGAAAUAGCUCUUAAUUGUGGAAUAAUGUUAAGAGAGUGCAUCAGACAUGAACCACUUGCAAAAAUCAUUUUAUGGUCGGAACAGUUUUAUGAUUUCUUCAGAUAUGUUGAAAUGUCAACAUUUGACAUAGCUUCAGAUGCAUUUGCUACGUUCAAGGAUUUACUCACAAGACAUAAAUUGCUCAGUGCAGAAUUUUUGGAACAGCAUUAUGAUAGAUUUUUCAGUGAAUAUGAGAAGUUACUUCAUUCAGAAAAUUAUGUGACAAAGCGACAGUCACUGAAGCUUCUCGGUGAACUGCUGUUAGAUAGACACAACUUCACGAUUAUGACGAAGUACAUCAGUAAACCUGAGAACCUCAAGUUAAUGAUGAACCUCCUCCGAGACAAGAGCCGAAACAUCCAGUUUGAGGCCUUUCACGUGUUCAAGGUGUUUGUGGCCAACCCCAACAAGACACAGCCCAUCCUAGACAUCCUCCUCAAGAACCAGACCAAACUCAUUGAGUUCCUCAGCAAGUUUCAGAACGACAGGACGGAGGACGAGCAGUUCAAUGAUGAGAAGACCUAUUUAGUCAAACAGAUCAGGGAUUUGAAGAGACCAGCUCAGCAAGAAGCCUAAUUUCCAAUAAACGCCUAUGAUAUCCCUUCCAACUUCAGCACUUGCUGUUAGCUACUCAGCAUCAGGCACUCUUAUCGAUUCAUGAGGAACAUUACUGCUAAUCUGCUGUUAAGUGAACGGUUUUCAUUUUACCUUUUUGUUUUUCAGUCCAGGUUGGAGAACGUAGCUGCUGCUUGCACAUUAGAGCGCACAUGGUCUUUCCCUUGAUCUCUGUGUCAUUUCAGAACUCACAGACUCCAUUUGCUACAGGAGUUCUGAACAUGGCUGGGUUCAUGAAGGCAAAUGCGGGAUGAGAGUGGUCUAGGGAAAAGACAUUGAUGACAUCAGCUGAUACCUGUACAUCGGCACUGCUCUUUGCAGAUCUCUGCAGUAUGGCAUGGCAUGGGUACACUUGGCAUCCCAGAGCCAGAUCAUCCACCAUCACCGAAGGAACAUGGCGUGUACAGGGAUUUUUUGGAGAUCAAAGGGGAACUGUAUCCAGAGUGAGCUUUGGGGAGGAUAAAGUUGGCGUGCAAAUAAAUUGAUACUGAAACAUAGCAACUUCUCAAGUGUGGCGCUUCGUAAGGUCAUAAGGAAAGUGUAUAUAUGCUUUUCACAGCUUUCUAGAACUUUUUGACAUUUGAUUUUCUUGAGACUUGUGAACCUGGAUGUGUUGAAGGGUAUUUGUUAAUUUUACUUUGGAAGGUAUUUUAAAACAGUAGAGCUAGCAAACACCUUACGUUUCAUUUCAACACUGCUUACAGGUUUCUUUUGUAUAUAAUUCUUAGAAUGCUCAUUUCUUUUAAAUUGUUUAAUUUGUACAGCAGAGGAAUGUUAUUGUAGUAGUAUGUAACUAUUACCUGAGUUUUGCAAAAAAAAAAAAAAAAAGCUCAUAUGUAAUUGAAAUACUUGAGAUCACAUGAAAAUGCUGAUUUUAACAUUUAAGGAUCACAGCACUAAAAGAAAAAGAACCAGUCCCUUGUGUUCAGUUACCCAAUGGGGCGCCGUUGGUAGGCGGAACUACAGACCUGGAACUCAGUUCGCCAGAUGGACUUGGAGAAUAUUGGCCUUAUUCAUUUAAAAUGAUUCCUAAGAUUGCCAUAUCUAUGAAUGACACAGAUUAUGCUAAUAAUGCUGAUUCUUGAUUCUUUGUGGGUCGGGGCCUCUGUAGAGCACCUUUCUUUCUUAGAGUAAGUGAUCCCCAGUACAGUAGUUGGGAAACUGAGUAAUUAAAACUUUGGCUUCUCUUAGGAAAAGAAGAGCCCUAGUCCUAGAUGUCCUCUGGGGAGAUUGUUUUUAAUGUCCUUUUCCUUAAUGCUGCAAAUUAUCAGUAUUUAUAAAGCAACUGAUUUUGCACCACUUUUUGUGACUGUGACCACAACAGAACAAUAUCUCCUAGACUGUAUCUACAUAAAGUUACUAGAAUGGUGUCUGUUCGUCUCAGUGACACACAGAUCACAACUAACAACUUAAAAAUCAGAGUUUGCCCCAUCCAAUUCAGCAUGGCUGUAGCUGACUAAAAAAUUGACAUAAUUCUUUGCUAGCCUCUCUUACUAACUGAAUGAUCCAUUGGCCAGUAAAAGGAGCCUCCCAGCUGGUGUUUGAGCAGGCUUUAAGGUUUCCUUCAAGAGAAACAAGCUAGAAAAACCACUCCAGAAGAUACAGGUGUGUUCUAUUUCAUUUAAAUGGCAGUCUACAGUAAAGAGUUUCCAAGGCCCUUUCCACUGGGGGUUGUUUGAGAGAGAGGGGGGAGGAGAGGGAGAAUUUGUGUUCCCUAGAAAUAGGGAAAGCAUUGAGUCUCCUGGAGGAGGAAAUCCUCAGCAGGAGGCAGAUUCCAAUGCUAUGAUUUAGUAUGCCAUCGCUCAGGUGAAAGGGUGUCUCCUUGUUAAGCCAGCUCUUAGAGCCUCAGACAGCAAACAGCUUCCACCUGGUCAGACAUGAAGUAGCGCUAGAGUCUGGGGUGGAAAAGGAAGUGGCUGUGUCAGAAAAACGUGUGUCACCAGUGCAUCGGGAGCUGGAGGCAGAGAAGACUUCUGGACUGUUUUUAAACAGAACAAUGUGAAAACAUUCAAAAUUGAAAAGUUGCAUUUGAUGUGUGAUCAUUUACUAGGUUCCUAUUACCAAAACGAUUAUCCUGGGUGUGGAUUCUUUGAUGUUAUAAAGGUUUAAUUUUACUUAAGGCAGUUACUUAAUGUGAUUUUUUUUAACCCUUAAAAAAAAAAAAGUGGGAGAUGUAUACAAUUGUUAAUGACAUGGAAGUGUUUCCUUUCUCCUGAGGAAAAGUGAAUUUCUUAUCAGAUAUCUGGCUGGCCCUGUAAUUUAAAUUAAAAUAAAAUUUUGGAGAAACUGC